GUUUACAGUACAUUUCUUUUUUUCCACUGUAACCGACAGGGAUGUAUUCUUUCUCAUUCGACAAAGAUUAAUUCUCGGCAUUGGUAUUUAUCGGUUCAUUCGUCGUCUCCGUCUCUUAUCACGGAGUAAUAUACAAUCCACAAAACUCUUUAAUUGUUUUUCGGGCAAACAGUAGUCGCGACAGUAUAGGUCAUGAAAAGUAUACCGAAAUGACGAAAAAUGUCCAUUUUAAGCGUUCACGCCUAUUUGCAAAUCUACGUGAAUUUCACCGUUUUAUCUAACUGUUAUAAAUCAAGGCUGAUCUUACGUACAAUAUCAGUAAGGCAUAUAGAAUCAAAUGGCACGUCGCCAUUGUCAGUAAGCAUGAAGAUUUCACGGAGAGUACUUUUCCAAGCUUGAACAAUAUUGGCUUCUUUGAUGUAUAUCGAUGUGACGAUUUUGCACAUUUUCUCGUUAACUCGUGGUCAAUCUUGAAAAGACUAUUUAUUUCGGUCUCUUUCGAUCGCGUUUGACAAGUUAAUAGAAAGAAAAAAAGGAUUAGAAAUAAAUAAAUAAAAAAGAAAGUGUUCGAUAAAAGUCACAAUAACUCUAACAUAUUUGUUCGUUCUUCUGUGAUUCGAUAAAGUCAAGAAAAAUCGAUAUGAUAGAUAAUAAUGUAACAUCCACUCUAAUCGGUCACAAAUUGGAACACCUCACUUUCGGAUGGACCGAUUAUAUGCUGUUCAUCUCAUUAUUAGGUGUGAGCAUAAUCAUUGGCGUUUAUUUCGGUUUCUUUAAAAAGCAAGACAAUACCACCGAGUAUUUACUCGGUGGUAAAACUAUGUCUUUCUUUCCGAUCAGCAUGAGUCUAAUCGCGAGUCACAUAUCCGGUGUAUCUUUGCUCGGCGUGCCUUCAGAGGUGUAUCAAUAUGGCAGCCAAUAUGCAGCUUGCAUUUUUACAUCCUUCAUAACUUGCACAAUCAUCGCUUACAUCUAUUUGCCAGUUUUUUUUAAAUUACAAUUGACUAGUAUAUUUGAAUAUUUAGAGAUCAGAUUUGCACGACCGGUACGAUUGCUUGCGUCCUUUUUGUAUUGCUUAUCUCUCAUUAUCUACAUUCCUUUGAUCAUUUAUGUUCCCGCCUUAGCAUUUUCUCAAGCAACCGCGAUCAAUUUGCAUCUGAUCGCUCCUGUGAUUUGCAUCGUAUGCAUCUUUUACACGACUAUAGGUGGUUUAAAAGCGGUGGUAUGGGCGGAUACGGUUCAAAUGACAGUAACCGUAGGAAGUCUGUUUGCUGUCCUCGUAUUAGGGAUCAGAUCCGUGGGCGGUGUUAGUGAAAUUUGGAAAAUAGCGGAUGAAGGUGGUAGGAUUGUAUUUUGGAACAUGGAUCCAAGUCUCUUCACUAGGAAUAGUUUAUGGGGUAUGUCGAUAGGCAUGACCAUGACAUGGCUUUCUGGUGUCGGUAUAAGUCAGGUCUCCAUGCAAAGAUUCUUGGCAGUACCAACGAUCACAGAAGCACGAAAAUCAAUAGCAUUUAUGGGAGUUGGUAUGAUAAUAAUAAAAUGGGUUUCGGUAUUCACUGGUCUUAUUAUGUACGCAAAAUAUUAUAAAUGUGAUCCAAUAACAGCACAUGUAGUAGCAAGGAGCGAUCAAAUAUUACCGUAUUACGUUUUGGACGUAGCCGCUAACGCUCCAGGUCUUCCUGGUCUUUUUCUUGCUGGUCUAGUUAGUGCUGGACUUGCUACUAUGAGUGGUGGAUUAAACACUACGGCAGGCACGAUAUACGAGGAUUUCAUCGAUCCUUGGAUGACCGAUAAUCCUGAGAAGGAGAAAAAAGCAGCUAUGAUCAUGAAGAUCACCGUAGUUAUCCUAGGCGUUAUUUGUGUGGCCAUGGUCUUUAUAGUCGAUCGUCUCGGUGACAUAUUUCAAGUGUCUUUGAGUUUGACCGGCAUUACGGCUGGUUCGAUGUUGGGUCUCUUCAGUUUGGGCAUGUUAAUACCAUGGGCAACGACAAAGGGCGCUGUAGUUGGUGGUAUAGUUUCUAUGUCCUUAAUGGUAUGGAUCAUUGGUGGUGCUCAAUGGAACAUGGCUCUUAAAAGAUUCACUUAUAAGCCAUUGCCAACCUCGACUGCCGAUUGUCUCCUUGGGAAUGAAACUUUAAACAAUCGUACCGCAAUAAUGGCAACUAAUGUACCUGCACCUGACGUCGAUAACGAGCCUUUCAUCAUUUACACGAUUUCCUUUAUGUACUAUACCUUAAUCGGUUGUUUGGUUGUAAUGGUGAUUGGUACGAUCGUAAGCUUCCUUUGUGGAGCACCAGAUCUUAUCGACGUCAAUAAAAAUCAUUUUCCACCGAUCAUUCGAAGAUUUCUACCACGCAAGAAGUAUACAGAAGUGUCAUUACACUCGGUACCAACUUCACUGAUGACUGAAAAGAGCGAAUUAAUGUCCUAAAGGGAUUUCGUAAGUUUUCUCGUUUCCUCGACAGACCAGUCGCGAGUUUGCCUGACAACUGUACCUAACUGGUCCCUCCAGGGUUGAAAGCACCCAUUAGGUCCUCGAUGAGGGUGUCAAAUUGACUAGAUUAUAUAUCUCUCUGGUGCAUCUCAAUACAAACAAACCUCCCAAACAUCUGUAGGAACGAUUUCUAUCGGAUUAGAACGAAUGUAAAUGCAGUGCACGCCGAGAGGCAAUCGUCGAGUCGCUUUUUAAUCUGCACGUUGAUGAAUGAGUCGAUAGAAAAAACAUUUUUCAUUAUGUCCGUAUAUGCGUUUAACUUAAGUCAGCAAAUAAAUACUUAAGUACUUACGUACGUACGUACGUACGUAUGUGUAAUUACGUGUGCGUGUGCGUGUGUAUGUGUGCGUGGGCGCGCGUUCGUAAAAGAAAGAAAAGAAAAAAAAAAAUAAAGAAAGAAAUCUGUAUAGAAUUCAAACAGUUCUAAUAAAUAUGAAAAUGUGUUAUUGUUUGUUAAUCAAAUAA